GAGGAGAGAGAGUAGAUUUCCAUAAAAAGUAGGGCUGUUACAUAUAUAGUGUUCCGUUAUAACAGUAUCUUAACUCUAAAAGGUCUUUGUCUGGAUUCGCUUCGGCAAUACAUACACGGGUGUCUCACGCAAACUCACGCGCCCCCAAAUUAAAAUAACAGCUCAAGCAUCCCUAUCUCGAAAUUUCCACCAAACACGUACCCAUACAAAUACAAUCCCCUUUUUCUUCAUUCUCAAUUUCCUCCCUUCCCAAAUUCCUUCAUAUAAAACUUGGUUCCAAACAGAACAACAUUUCACAAACACAACCAAAUAAACACAAAGAAAUAAAAGAAAAAAAAAAAGAAAGAAAAACAGAGACACUCGUUCUAACAUCGGCGCGUGUGUUUGCACGCAAUAAUUCUAUCGCAAUUACUCCGUCAUCGUCGCCGGAGUAUUCGGUUUCGGCAGCUGUAAAGCGCCAAAACCAAACCCCAAACCGUAAUCUCGUUCUGAUCGAGCCGACAGGUUCGGUCUCUGGAUCGAGCCAGAUGCCAGAGAUCGAACAGAUUGAUGGUAACAUCGCCGCUACUGGCUCGGCCGCCGCGCCUGAAAAUGUUUUGUUUGGGAAAUAUGAGGUCGGACGGCUUCUCGGGUGUGGUGCCUUUGCGAAGGUUCAUCACGCCAGGGAUGUCCGUUCUGGACAGAGCGUGGCGAUCAAGAUUAUUAACAAGAAGAAAUUGGCCACUCCGAACCUCAGGUCGAACGCUAAGCGUGAGAUCUCUGUCAUGAAGAGGUUGCGCCACCCUAACAUCGUCAAGCUUCACGAGGUUUUGGCUUCGAAGACCAAGAUCUAUUUCGUGAUGGAGUUUGUUAAGGGAGGUGAGCUCUUCGCUAAGGUCGCCAAGGGACGGUUUUCUGAAGAUCUCAGCCGCAAGUACUUUCGUCAGCUGAUCUCCGCCGUUGGUUACUGCCACUCGCGUGGGAUCUUCCACCGUGACCUCAAGCCUGAGAAUCUCCUCCUCGAUGAGAACGGUAACCUGAAGGUCUCUGAUUUUGGUCUCAGCGCCAUUGCCGAUGACCAGAUCCGGUCCGAUGGUCUCCUCCACACGCUUUGUGGGACACCAGCUUACGUGGCACCCGAGAUUCUCAACCAGAGGGGAUACGACGGGGCUAAGAUUGACGUUUGGUCCUGCGGCGUCGUUUUGUUCGUUUUAACCGCCGGCUACCUUCCUUUCAAUGAUGGGAAUCUCAUGGCCUUGUAUAAGAAGAUCUAUAAAGGUGAAUAUCGUUGCCCCAGGUGGAUGUCCCCAGAUCUCAAGCGAUUCUUAUCUCGCCUUUUGGAGACGAAUCCCGAGACCAGGAUCACCAUUGACGAGAUUUUGAAGGAUCCGUGGUUCAGAAAAGGUGGGUACAGAGCUCAAAUCAAUUUCUACGACGAAGAAUCCGAACCAGUCCCAAAAAUGUCCGGGGAUGGCGAGCAUGACCCAAAGGAUCUGAGCUUGGCCAACUUGAACGCGUUUGACAUCAUAUCGUUCUCAUCGGGACUGGACCUUUCUGGGUUAUUUGAUUUAUCGAACAGCUCAGUCCAGGAAGGAGAACGACUCAUCUCGCAGGAGUGGCCGGAAAAGAUCAUCCAGAAAGUUGACGAGUUCGCCAAAGGCGAGAGGUUAAGGAUGAAGACGAAGAAGGAAUUCGGAGUCGAGAUUGAAGGGCAUAAUGGUAAAUUGGUGAUGGGUCUAGAGGUUUACAGGUUAACCGAGACCUUAGUGGUUGUGGAAGCCAAGAGAAAAGGUGGUGAUUCCAAUCUUUACAAAGAGAUUUGGGAGAAUAAGCUUAGGCCUUUGUUGUCAUUUUCUAGCUCUUCGUUUAUGGAGUCAGAAGCUUCAACUUCGAAUUGUUCUUUGGAUGAGGCUUCAUCAUCAUCAUCAUCGUCAUAGUCAUAAGUUGGUUCAUCAUAUAUAUAUUAAUUAGAUUACGAAUUUGCUGCAAAUUUAAAAUAAAAAAUAAAAAAUUUGGUCAUGGGGGGAUGGUGGGUUCCUUUUUGGAUGUCGUUUGGUACAAUAUUACUUAUAAAUUACAAUGUCGUCUGAUAUGUCAGAGAGAAAGAGAGCAGUUUUAAAGUUUGUGUUUUUAAAUUUCAGUUGUUAAUUUUAGUGGGGUGGAUGGUGGUGGAAGAGGUGAAUGAAUGUAUGUACAGUGAUUUAAGAGGAUGUUUUGGAAGAAAGAAAGAAAAGAAAAAAAAAAUAGAAUAAGUUGUAUGUAUAUAUACCUUUUGAGUAUGUAAACGACAACCGGAGAGUGAAGGGUUUUGAGUAUGAACUCUCAACUUCGACUCCUUAAUUAUAAUUCCAUUUUCUUCA